AUGGCGCACCUCAAUAUGAUAUCGAUAUCCAUCUUUCUAUUUACUGCGUUUGCUUGGACGACAAGUGCAGCUUCUCCUAAAGCUACAACAUUGAAUGGAACCUACGUUGGCAAGAACCUACCCAGCUGGGAUCAAGAUGCAUUCCUAGGCAUUCCUUACGCUCAACCCCCUGUUGGGGAUCUCCGGUUCAAGUGGCCUCAGAGCUUGGACAGUUCUUUCAAAGAGGAACGCACAGCCACUGAGUAUGGAGACAGUUGCAUGCAGUACACUCAGAACUGGACCAUGUCUGAGGACUGCCUUUCUUUGAAUGUUAUUCGACCAGCUGGAAAGCCCAAGAAACCUCUACCAGUUCUAGUUUGGAUUUACGGUGGUGGUCUAUACGCCGGCAGCUCUGCCGACCCACAAUACAACCUCAGCGGGAUUGUCAAAGUCAGUCAAGACAUUAAAGAGCCUAUCCUCGCAGUGAGCUUCAACUACAGACUGGGUAUGUGGGGGUUUCUUCAGAAUUUCAACCUUCUGAAGGAGGGUAACGCCAAUGCUGGCCUGUUAGACCAGCGACUCGCGUUACGUUGGAUCCAAGAGAACAUUGAAGCUUUUGGAGGUGACCCAGAGCGAGUUGUUGUGUGGGGUGAGAGUGCUGGUGCUCAGAGCAUUGCGUAUCAAAUGUUUAGUUACGAUGGUCGAGAUGAUGGACUGUACCGGGGAGCUAUCCUUGAAUCAGGAGGUAUUACAGGUGCACAGAUUCAUGAUCUCAGUUACUACAAUGUCGCUUUUGAAAACCUCACAAGAACUGUGGGGUGCUGGGACAAAAAGGAUCAGCUAUCGUGCCUUCGAGAGUUAGAUGAGAAGUCAUUAUAUGCUGCGCGUCCAUCAUUGACAUUCAACCCUCUGAUUGACGGCAGAUUCCUGACCGGUUACCCCAGCCAGCUCAUCCGCGAGAAGAACUAUCACACUGUGCCUCUUCUAAUCGGCGCGAAUACUGAUGAGGGCUUCUGUAUCGGAAAAGUCAACACGGAUCAAGAUCUCUUCUACGAAGCUUUUCGAUGGCGGAAUUAUGCUCUGAGUGCGCCAACUAUCCGAAAGCUCAUGCAACUUUAUCCUGAUGAUCCAUGCCAUCAGCCUCCUUACGCCAUCACAAAUUGCUCAAGACAGGAUGGCAACUAUCAAGGACGACGUGCGUGUGCUAUUGGCGCCGACAUAACCAUGAUCUCUGGACGCCGCAAACUUGCAGAGCUAUAUGCCCAGUCUGAGGAUGUAUACUCCUACCGAUUCGAUCAAAGACCAUACCUGAGAUCUGAAUGGGAUGGCGUGAAACAUUUUGAUAAUGUUGCAUUUAGCUUCCAGAAUAUUUCUGGAUUGCUAGGCCCAAGUCCGCAAUACGAUAGCCACGUUGAGCUGGCCAACGCCAUUGGACAGGCUUAUGUAAGAUUCGUCAACAGUCUGGAUCCUAAUUCCAAGAAGGGGAAGCUUCCGAAAUGGCCAAAGUACAACAAGUCAAAGCCCAAGAACAUGGUGUUUAAUGCUACGAAGAAUUGGAUUGAGGAUGAUACCUGGCGAAAACAGGGUAUUGACUAUAUCAACUCCUAUGAAGUGGCACGAGAACUAUAUGGUUAAAGACGGGGUGAAUUUCCAAAAGAGAACAAAACAGGAAAGAUAUCAUCAAGCUGGAGGCAUAGUCUAUUAAUUUCGGUUAGUCUAGCUAGGAGGUGGCACAAAACUUAGGACUUCAACCCUAAGUGAUGAUUCUACGAAGCACUUAGACAAGUUCAUGAUAAUUCAGGACAGACUUAGCAGGGCUUUUGACUCAUUUAUUUUUGCCCCCUAAUGCAAGGGCCUAAUUCUUUAAACAACCCAAGGUCCUGGUUUCAUCUGAUGUCCAACGGUCCUCGUAUAGAUCGGCAACGCCGAGGCUCGCUUCUAACAAUGCGAGUAUUACCCAUGCAUAUUCCUCCAUCUGAACUUGCCUCGUAAGGCAAUUUUAGCCCGGAAGACCCCAGCUGCCGACGCUAUGAGAAUCAACCUUGUGUGACAACUCGAAGCAGUUAGGAUUUUCGGAGGAGAUUCUGAGAAUG